CUGCACCGCCUGCACCCAGGCCGGCCCGCCCCGGGACCCGCCCUGCCCGGGAAGAUGCGGCUGCUCCCGGAAUGGCUCCUCUUGCUCCUUGGUCCGUGGCUCCUUAGGAAGGCGGCCAGUGGCCAGAUCGCCGAGUCGGGAAGGCCGCAGUACCUGGAACUGCGACCCGCCAUGGCCGGAGGGGGCGCCCGCAGCCAACAGCUCCCGGCGCCCGGCUCUUCCGAGGGCCUGGGCACGGCGCGCUCCUGGAGCUGGGCCUGGCCCUCUAACCACACCGGGGCGCUGGCCAAGCCCGGGGCUGCCGGCGGCCUGCCCGCGCCGCGCACCAAGAGGAAGCCGUCCAUGAAAGCGGCCCGCGCCAAGAAGAUCUUCGGCUGGGGGGACUUUUACUUCCGCGUGCACACCCUCAAGUUCUCGCUGCUGGUGACCGGCAAGAUCGUGGACCAUGUGAACGGCACCUUCAGCGUGUACUUCCGCCACAAUUCCUCCAGCUUGGGCAACCUGAGUGUCAGCAUCGUGCCGCCUUCCAAGCGCGUGGAGUUCGGGGGCGUCUGGCUGCCCGGGCCUGCCCCCCAUCCUCUGCAAUCUACGCUGGCCCUGGAAGGGGUGCUUCCUGGACUGGGGCCCCCUCUGGGGAUGGCGGGUCAGGGUCAGGGUCAGGGGCUGGGGGGCCGCCUGGGGGGCGCACUGGCCGGGCCCCUCGGAGGCGCGCUGGGCGUGCCGGGGGCCAAGGAGUCGCGCGCCUUCAAUUGCCACGUGGAGUACGAGAAGACCAACCGCGCGCGCAAGCACCGCCCCUGCCUGUACGACCCGUCGCAGGUGUGCUUCACCGAGCACACGCAGAGCCAGGCCGCCUGGCUCUGCGCCAAGCCCUUCAAAGUCAUCUGCAUCUUCGUCUCCUUCCUCAGUUUCGACUACAAACUGGUGCAGAAGGUGUGCCCAGACUAUAACUUCCAGAGUGAGCACCCCUACUUUGGAUAGCCGCCCCUGCCCUGAGCCCCGAGCUUUUCCCACCAGACCGCAGCCUCCCCAGGUGGGACCCUCCCCUGUGCACCCCCGUGUCCCUGUGACCGCCCCCCCGCUUCUUCCACUGUGGGUAGGGGUGGAGGAAAACAGCCCCCCCCCCCCCCCGGACUACCAGCCAGCGCGGUUCUCCACGUCCUUUUGGCCCCGAGUGUCCCUGAGGCUCGAAACGGGACACUGGAGGGGCCCGAGCACAGCCCCAGAGUCGGGGGGUGGUGGCUGGAGGCUUUCUUAGGGUUCCCCUUGCCCACCCUGCGGCUUUAACGACGCCUGGUCCCCUUUCUUCCCCCAAGCGCUGGUCCCACCCACCCCGCAAGACUGUCCGAGUCUCCGCGCCCUUCCUUCCCUCUCUGCGUGCCCUACGUCAGUCCCCCUUCCUCCAAACCUCAGUGAAGCAAAAAAUCCCGAGCAGGGGGCGCUCUGCCUGGCCCCUGUGCUCUGCCCCCCACUCCCUCCCUCGCUCGCCCGCGGCAGGCCGGCUCCACCUGCCCUCUCUGGCCGCUCCCUCUCGGUGAUAUUUUUUUUUCUACGCCGAAACAGACGGGAAAGGGAACAAAAUAAAGCGAAAUCCAAUACC